AUGAAAAGUAACGUUGGACGUUGGUUCAAGAUAAUAUUAUUCAUGUUAAUAGUCUUAAUGACUAUGUCACAAUCGAAUGGUAAAAGUAUGCGUUCCUGUAAAUGUCCACCUCCCUCAGAAUGUAAAUCAUCUUGCUGGAAUGAAACGGUCACGUCUGCUAUUGGAAAACAUCACCUACGGAGACGCGAAGUUGAUACUAGAGAAGAAGUGGAAAUCAUCGAUGAACAAAAAUGCAAUAGUGGCAGUUUGCAAAAAAUCAUGCUUCAGAAUAUGGCUAAUCAAACGGUACGAGAGGCGAAAACGAAAAUAAUGCGAGCAGCUGAAGCACUUCUUGGUGGGUACUUUAACGUUAUUUGUUCCCAUGGUGACUUUUCCUACAUUACAACAACCACCUUAUACUGUCUGCAAUCCCUUGACGACAUCAAUUGCUACGCUUUCCUAGCAGAAAAUUCGCGACCGAACUGA